AUGUUUCCAAGAGGGGUUUUCGGGUGGACAUGGCUCCUUUCAGUUGCGACUACCGCUGGUGCCCGUCCAACUAUGGCUUCAUCAACAACUCAAUUCCGGACAUUUACUGUCGUCAGGAAAGACUUUCUGAAUGCCGUCCCAGUAAUACACGCGGGCCUGAAAUUUAAAGAACCAAAUGAGCAAGACAAGAUCCAGAAACCCUAUGAAAUUCGAUGCAUUCCACCCGAGGGCAUGCCCCGGGCGAACUUCAAUGCCUCCAUUGUGCCGAAUGUCCCCAUCUAUGACAUGAGACCCCUGGUCCCCUCACUCUCCUUGGACAGGGAAGGCUUCCAGGUGACUAGACUUCAAUCGAAACUGAGGUAUGAGGAAUUUUUCGACGAAGAGAAACUCAAGACUGUCUAUGCUGAGGAGAUUCGUUAUUACCUGCUUCACACACUGGGCGCGAGUGUUGUGUUUUUCCACGAGUGCGUGAUUCGGAAAAGUGACGAAACUUCCAGCGAAGACGGCUCUAAUCUAAGGAACGGAUAUGGGCAACCAGCUACCCAGGUGCAUGGAGACUAUACACUUUAUGAGGUCACCAAACUCAUGGGCCAAGUCGGUGGUGAAAAGAUUGCAGAUCUUAUAAAGACACGCCGAUACCAGGCCUUGAACGUCUGGAAGCCCCUCCGAGGACCUGUGAAGAAUUGGCCACUGGCACUUUGCGAUGCUCAGACCGUCGAUGAGUCGGAUAUGAUUGCUUUCGAUGAAGUUUACGCGGACGAUGUCCUCGAGAGCUACCAAGUCCAUUACAACCCAAACCAGCGGUGGUACUACCUAAGUGGCCAGUCAACCGAUGAGGUGCUUGUGUUUAAAUCCGCGGAUUCAAAAGUCCAUGGGACUGUGCUUCACGGGGCAUUCCGCCAUCCCAUGUAUCCGCAUGACGAAGCUGGUAGAGAGAGCAUUGAGCUUAGAGCCUUGGUGAUAUAUUGA